AUGAAUUCGACAGACCAGGAAACUGACCUUUACGACUACUACAAUUACGAUAACAGCACUGACAUACCUGGACCUUGUUCUAACCAGAAUAACCAAAGUUUGCAGAAGGUGAUCGGCCCAUAUGUCCACUCCAUCAUCUGCAUCCUGGGCUUCGUAGGUAACAGCCUGGUGAUCGUCACCUACGCCUGCUACAAGAGGGCCAAGUCCAUGACCGAUGUGUACCUGCUCAACGUCGCCAUCGCCGACCUGCUGUUCGUAGUGGCGCUGCCUCUCAUCGUCUACAACGAGCUGACGUCGUGGUCGAUGGGGCCGGCGGCCUGCAAGCUGCUGCGCGGCAGCUACAGUGUGAAUCUGUACAGCGGCAUGCUGCUGCUCGCCUGCAUCAGCACCGACCGCUACAUCGCCAUCGUCCAGGCUCGACGCAGCUUCCGGCUGCGCUCGCUGCCCUACAGCCGCGUCAUCUGCACCAUCGUCUGGACCUUUGCUCUGCUGCUGUCCUUUCCCAGCUUCUACUACUACCACUGGUACACGCCGUCGCACACCAUUAACAAAUACAUAAACGAGACAGACCUGAAUAUUACUCACCAUGUUGAGUAUGUCUGCGAGUUCCGGUUCGAGGACAGAGAAACGGCCUGGACGAUGAAGAUGGUCGUCCCCAGCAUCCAGCUGGCCAUAGGCUUCUUCCUGCCACUGCUCAUCAUGAUCUUCUGCUACAGCUGCAUCAUCGGCACCCUGCUGAAAGCCAGAAACUUCCAGCGGCACAAAGCGGUGCGGGUGGUGCUGGUCGUGGUGGCGGUGUUCAUCGUCUGCCACCUGCCCUACAACGUAGCGCUACUCUACGACACCGCCAACAUGUUCAAGGAGCAGUCGUGUGAAGCGGCGGACGCCGUGCAGGUGGCCAACACGGUGACGCAGACCAUCGCCUACCUGCACUGCUGCCUGAACCCGGUGCUGUACGCCUUCAUCGGGGUGAAGUUCAGGAACCACUUCAGGAGGAUCGUCCAGGACCUGUGGUGUCUGGGUAAGAAGUACAUCGCUCCGCGCCGCUUCUCCAGAGUCACUUCUGACAUGUACAUGUCCUCACGCCGCUCGGUGGACGGAUCCAGUGAGAAAGGCUCGUCUUUCACCAUGUGAGGAUGCCCGGAGGAUCCAUCUGUGGACCAAAGAAUCAUUCGACUUUUAAACUUAACUCCAACACACCCAAACUAGCUCAGAGCUGAUCCUGAGACUCCAGUCUGUACGUCACUGUGUAAUAAGGUCAGGACCCUCAGCAGCAUCGAAAAGGUUAAAAAUUAGACAAAA